AUGGUGGUCUCUAGAGAUAUCCCUUCUUCAGCAUCAAUGGUCUCUAGUUACGCAUCAAUGAUGGGAUACAUCACGAUAAUCAGACCAAUGAUUAACACAAUCAUCCCACGUCCAGUUCAAAACUUCGUCGUCUCUUAUCUCAAGUCCUUGGCUGGCUCUCGUUCAUCGACUCUCACGCUUACCAUCGAUCAGUUGUCCUCAAUGUAUAUUCACGACGAUCUUUACAACGCUGCUGAGGCUUAUCUCUCCACCAAGGUAAGUCCGACUUCGGUCAGGCUAACUAUGGCUAGAGACCCAAAGGAGAAGAAAGUCAAGUUAUACCUCAGUGACGGAGAGGUUGUCUCCGAUGUCUACAAUGGUGUUAAACUUAAGUGGAAGUUUUUUGCUAGCAAAAAUAAGAAUACUAUGGUCGAUGAGUAUGGGAACCGAUAUCAUGGAAACUUCAAUAGGGAAUAUUUCGAGCUGAGCUUCGACAAGAAACACAGAGAUUUGGUGGUGAACUCUUACAUACCUUACGUGGAGAGCAAGGCAGUGGUAGUUAACAGCAAGCGCAGAAUCCUCAAGAUGCAUUCCAACUUGCAUAUGUCCUGGAAAUCCGUGAACUUGAAGCACCCUUCAACAUUCGACACCAUGGCUAUGAACGAAGAUCUUAAGCGCUCUGUGAUGGAAGAUCUUGACAAGUUCGUCGGAAGAAAAGAUUAUUACAAGAGAGUUGGAAGGGCUUGGAAGAGGGGUUACUUGCUAUACGGUCCACCAGGGACAGGGAAGACCAGUUUAGUGGCAGCUAUGGCUAACUACCUUAAAUUUGAUAUCUAUGAUCUCCAGCUCGCAAGCGUGAAAGGAGACGCCGAACUAAGGAAAUUGCUGCUCACCACUAUGAACAGCUCGAUUCUUCUUGUAGAAGACAUAGACUGUUCCGUGGAUUUGCCUACAAGGUUGCAACCUGUAUACGUAACCAAUACAAACAAAGGGCUCAGAAAUUUUGGUGCUCCCAAGGUAUCAGCACCAUUGACGUUAUCAGGACUUUUAAAUUGCAUUGAUGGUUUAUGGUCGAGUUGUGGAAACGAACGCAUAAUAGUAUUCACGACGAACAACAAGGAGAAACUCGAUCCAGCAUUGCUCAGACCAGGGCGUAUGGAUAUGCACAUUUACAUGGGACAUUGUAGUUUUGAGGGAUUUAAGACAUUGGCGUCUAACUAUUUAGGCCUGUCUAACGAAAAUUAUGACACUCACCAUCUCUAUCCGGACAUCAAGCAUUUGAUUGAAGGACAAGUGGUGACUCCGGCUCAAGUCGCUGAGGAACUAAUGAGAAGUGAAGAAGGUGCUGAUGCGGCGCUUGAGGGUUUGGUAAAUGUUCUCAAGAGAAAGAGGUCAGAGCAAGAGAAGUGUGAAGAUGAUGAGUCUGCGAAGAAGAUGAAGAAACUUGGAGAAGGAGAGAAAAGUAUUGCCGACGUUGAGGAUACAAUGAAAGUGGUGACUCCGGCUCAAGUUGAGGACGGGGAGGAACUAAUUGAUAGUGAAGAUAAUGAUGAUGACCUAGAGGAGGGUUCUAUGGAAGAGGAUCUUGAGUAG